AUGUCGUCGUCCCUCGCUAAGCAUGCAUCCUGGAUGGAAUCUGCCAUCAAGUUGGCUCGUUACGCUUUAGAUCAUGAUGAGACGCCCGUCGCCUCCAUAUUCGUCCAUGAGCCCACUAAUAAGAUCAUUGCUUAUGGACUCAAUGAUACCAAUAAGUCCUUGACUGGUAUUGCACAUGCUGAAUUUAUGGGUAUUGAACAGAUCAAAGCAAUGGUCGGUUCGGAACAUUUGACUGAAAUAUUUAAAGAUACCGUCCUAUAUGUGACUGUAGAACCUUGCGUUAUGUGUGCUUCUGCAUUGAGACAACUGGGUAUUAAAAAAGUUGUAUUUGGAUGUGCCAAUGAGAGGUUUGGUGGUAAUGGAACUGUUCUUGAGAUAAAUAAGGAUUCUUGUACCCUUCCACCCAAUGGAUUGCCGACUACUACGUAUGAAUCUAUACCAUUUGUACUGCGAAGAGAAGCGAUAAUGUUAUUGAGGUACUUUUAUGUAAGAGAGAAUGAAAGGGCACCCACUCCUAGAAAUAAAACAGAAAGAAAACUGGACAAGGACACCUUUCCUGAUUUGAGUUGGUCCAAGUAUAUUGACUCAAGAUCAUUUACUGCAGAAUUUGGUGAUAGUAUGUUAUCUGAUUAUAACGAUAAUAGUGAUCUACGGGAUGCCUAUAUAGAUUGGAGUCUCAUAGAUACUCCAGUAAACAAUUAUGUUGAAAAACUAAAAUUACAAUGCGCUGAUUUUUCUGUAAACCAAGUGAAAAGAAUGCGAUAUAAAUAA